AUUAUACUUACAAAGCUCCAGGUUGCCUGCACACCAGAGCGUCAGAAAAACACUGUUGGUCGGAAUAGCUCCCUUGUGUGUUUGUAUGAGCACAUAUCUCUUGCCAGACUAUUCAUAACAAUCGUUUAGCUCAGAAUCCGAGUUCGUCAGCUUCGAUUCGUCAUUUGGGUUUGCCUUGCCUGGGUCCGAGGCCUCUUUACCGUCACGCGAUCAUGGAGUAUUGUCCUAACAAGUCAGUCAUAAAUUUUGCGACUACUACACUCCAUCUUACCUUAGUGCAUGGAAAAAAGUUUCCGAGGUUGCGACAACGCUGUGAUUGGUGUCAUUUCGAGCGAGGUCGUACACGUAAACUGAAAUCCCUCGGAGUACUUGCAGAUGAUGACCAGGGACCGAUAUGUUUGGUCAACAAUUGCCUAGACUUCCGUUGGGAUAGAUCUAGCCAUUGUGUCAGCCAUCUUCCGAACGGGAUCAAGAAAGCCUCUCGGCGAAGAAAAAGUCGCCGUACAUCAGAGACUAAACAGGCACUGCUCUCUCCUGGCAACAACAAAACAUGGAUGGAUGGAGAUGUCUGGCAGUCCUCUUCCCGGUUUAGACUGAUCCAACUGCUCUUGGAGGAUCUAAGAGAUCGAGAAUGGACUAAUACGAAUGGGUAUCGCCCGAAAGUGCUCAUUUUGGACAACGAAUUCGUUGGCCUAAACCUAGAUGGGCCAAUUACCCAAACAAGUCUACUGGAUUUAUGCACCAAUGAGAUGUUGGUUGAUGUAUGUGUAAAGCGAGAUCCGGAAAAGCUUGUCUCAAAGGAUAUGUUUGGCCGCCUCGAUCCGAUGGCAGAGUAUCUUUACAAAUCAAAAUAUCGAAGUCCAACAGCAGAUCGACAAGUUUGUUCUGCCUACGAAUCCAGUAAGCUGGUCAAAGAGAGUGGUAUAACAUCAGAUGAUUAUAUCCUUGAAUGGUCACUACACCCUCUAGAUGUGCCAAGGUUAAGGCUGAUGCUGUCCAACUCUGGUUUUCAAAAUGUAUUACCACCCGAUGCUCAUUGCGUAUCGCUUAUUCCAGAUUUUCGGCUCAAUAUUCCCAACACCAUCUCUUUAGCGCUAAAAUUCAUUUUCCCCAUGCUACAUCCAGGCCAUAUUCUAGUUGGGACCAACCACAACUCUGAUAGCGAUGUUCGUAUGACGAGGCUCAUGGUACUGUUUCUUCUUGAACGUCUCGAUCCAACGACCAGAGACCCAGAUUUUCUCGGGGUCUGGGCUUUGCAGGUCGCCCGCGAACGAAGGAUUCGACUUGCAUUAGUAUCUGAACGCACGAAAAGAAGACUAGCGAAAGAGACCCCAGAGGCGCGACGCAUUCGAUUACUAGGCAAGAGAACAAUGUGGCGAGCAAAGGAAACUCCUGAGCGACGGAGGAUUCGUAACGCAGCAAUAUCAGAGAAAAUAGAGAAAGAGACCCCCGAAGAGCGACGUAUUCGACAAGUAGCUAGGAGUACAAGGCGGCGAGCAAACGAAACCCCAGACAGACGGAAAGUUCUACGGGCAAGGGCCAAGAUGAAUGUAAAGGAAAGGAGAGCAAAAGAGACCCCGGAAGCGCGAAGCAUUCGACUCGCAGUAAGAUCGGCAAAAGCCAAAAGAAAAAAAGCAAAGGAGACUUUUGGAAACCGGAGGAUUCGACUCGCAAAAAUAUUGGCAAGUGCCAGAAGAAAAAUAGCAGAAGAAACUCCCGAGAGACGAAGCGUUCGAUUCGCAAAAAUAUACGCAAGUGAAAAAAACAAGGAGAGCAAAAGAGACCCCAGAGAAACGAAAAGUUCGAAUGGCAAAAACCACUAUGAAGGCAAAGGAAAGGAGAGCAAGAGAGACCCCGGAGGCGCGAGGUAUUCGACUUGAAACAAGCCGCGUGAAAAGGGGCAAGAACGGUGUUUCGCAAAAUCAUUUGCAGCUCUGGGAAAUAGGCGAUUAACACAAA